AUGGCUGCAUCGCCCACAUCUGCUCGUCUCGGAGGGUCCUCGGACGACGGCGAGUCCGCGACCUCUCGCCGCGGCUUCUCCAAGCGUGGCGACGGCUUCUCCGUGCAAGAGACGGACGGACUUCUCCACGUCGUGCGCGCGCACUGGCAAGAGGGAUGGGACGUGAUCGCCGACGUGCACAACGCGCAGUUCCCCGGGCACAAACGCACGGCAGGCUCGCUCAAGCGCAAGUUUGCCAAGCUCUACCGGACCAAGAUCAGCGCCAGUACCAAGGAGAAGCACGCGCGGGCAGCGUCCAUGGCCAAGAAGGUGCGGGAGGAGAUGCGUGGCCAGCGACGGGGGCUUGGGGCGGGCCGAGGCGCUGGACAGAGUGAGGAGGACCUUCUGAAGGACACGAUCGAGAGCAGCAUGGAGCGUGUGUCGGAGGAGGAGCUGGGAGAGGGGCUGGGCGACGUGGCGAUGGGCACGGCGGUGGCCCGACCGCCGUCCCAGCCACUGCCAGAAGCUGCGGUCACAGCUAGUGAACAGGAGCUGCAGCAGACGUUGAGUCAGAGCGUGCAGCUGCCACAGCAGCAUCCUCAGCAGCACCAUUCGAUGCUGGGGCAAGAGACGCUGCUUAGAGACGAUGCGUGGCAGAGUCUUGGUCGAUGGCCAAUUGCUGGCGAGCGGCUGCGCACGUUGCGGACGCAGAUUGAGAGCAACGAGGCGACGUCGAGUCAAGAUUUGGUGCAGACGGUGCUGCUCGUGCUGCUGGAAUCGCAGCGUCAUCGGGAUUUGGAGCGAGAACAGGAACGCGAAGAGCGUCGACAGGAGAAGUUGCAAUGGCAGCAGGAGAUCCGUGAACAGCGGCGUCGGUACGAGCAAGAGCGGGUCGAAGACCGACGUCGGAAUGAUCAGUUUAUGCAGGUGAUGACGACACUCGUGGCACAAGUUGCGGCUGGCCAGCAGCAGCGAAGUGGACUGAAUUGA